AGGGUCCGCGCCGCGGGGGCCCCUCUAGCCCCCCUUGGGGGGCCCAGGUUCUAUGGCUGGAACCCUAUAAAAGCGCGGCGCGCGGCCGUUGGCGCUCAGGCUCCCGCUCGGGUGCUGAGGGUGCGGUUGUGUGUCAGUGGUUCUCCGGCUGGGAUCGGGUCGGGACCCGGGCGUUCGCCAUGCAAGUGACGGUGAAGGCCCUCCAGGGCCGCGAGUGCGUCCUCCAGGUGUCGGAGGACGAGCGCGUCUCCACGCUGAAGCGCCUGGUCUCUGAGAAGCUGAACGUGCCGGUCGCCCAGCAGCGCCUGCUCUACAAGGGGAAGGCCCUGGCAGAUGAGAACCUGCUGUCAGACUACAACAUCGGCCCUGACUCCAAACUGAACCUGGUGAUCAAACCUGCGGAGAGGGCGUCUCCCGAGGAGCCGGCCCGUCCGAUCUCUCCGCAGCCCCACGGCCUGUGGUGCGUGGUGGCCCAGGUGCUGGCCCGCCAUUUCAGCACCGCCGAUGCAGAGAGGGUCCUGGAGCAGCUGCAGAAGGAUUAUGAGAGGAACCUGCGCCUGCUGAGCCUAGACGACAUCGAGCGCUUGGCCUGCCGCCUGCUGAACCCCUCCGUGGCCGAGGCUGUGGAGAUGGGCUUCCUGGAUUAGGCCUCACUGCGGGCGGGACGGGGGUGGACGGCUGCUGACUCAAAGCCACCCCAGCUCCCGAACCCACUUUAAGCCACCAGUCCCCGGGCCUCUUUGUGGUAUGGCUCCUCAGUAUUAAAGGUGGCACCUACGUGA